CACCACUCGGCGUCCAGACAGCUGGAGGCCGUCGCGUGCAUUCUUUCCGCCGGAGCCAUGUCGAGCGUCACCGCCGUUGCCGCCAGUGCCGGGCAAACGCGGUUAAAGAGCAACUUUCCGUCAUGGUCUCGUUCGGAAUAUCUACACGAGUUGCACUUGUUGAUGGCAGUCAUUUAACAAUAAGACUUGUAUACCAUUACAGAGAAUCAAAGUUACCAUUAAAAUAUUAUUGUAUCUAUCAGACGAGUCCGUAAAAACGGUACCGUUCAUACGACUGAAUCGUAAAGUAAUAUCGAUAUUAUUUUUAUUUAUUUGCUGUCACUAAUUUUACUACCAAAUCUUUUUUGUGAUGGAGCUUAAGACGAGAGAAAAUACAGAAUUUUGGGGCGAGUCUGUUGAUGGUUGGCUGCAAAAUGAAAUGCGAUAUUCAAUCGGAGUAACUAUUGUUGUGUGUAUUGCGUACAUAACUGUAUUUGUAAUUGGUUUUAUUGGAAACACAUCAGUGGUGUUAGUAAUAUACAAGAAUGUAAGAAUGCAGUCAUCUCCUACUAACAUAUUCAUUGUUAACUUGGCCGUGGCUGAUUUGCUUGUUGUUGUAGUUUGCAUACCAUUUACGUUAAUUAGCAGCAUUACAACAGAGUGGCGGUUGGGAUUAACAAUUUGCAAACUGGUGCCAUACUUUCAAGGAGUUUCUGUCAAUGCAUCGAUAAAUUUUCUGGUGGCGAUAUCAGUGGAGCGAUGCAUGUCUAUAUGUUUUCCGAUGAAUCCAGUGGGUAAAGGCAUUUGCAAACGAGCUGUUUUCGUUGUAUGGAUAAUAUCUCUUAUAAUUACUAUUCCCUGGGCACUGUAUUUUGAUGUGCAACUCAUGGAAGAAGGAAGUGAUCGCCAAAUAUGUGUGGAAUCAUGGCCAACUCCGGAAUAUGGAAACUGGUACUAUGUGUUUGCAAAUCUGUUGAUGUGUUAUAUUUUGCCUUUGUCAAUAAUCGCAGUGUGUUACUUGUUCAUUUGGUUAAAAGUUAGCUGUCGAAAAGUACCCGGUGAGCCAAUGCACAACAGUGCUAGCAUGGUACAAAGGUCUAAAAUGAAGGUGAUUACAAUGAUUCUGUAUGUGGUGGUGUUGUUUGCAGUUUCAUGGUUGCCACUGUACGUUGUAUUCACUUGUAUUAAAUUUGUGCCCAUGUCGCCAACUGUUCAGCGUUUCACUUUAGCAAUACUACCAAUAGCUCAAUGGCUGGGUACUGCAAACUCGUCCAUUAAUCCGUUACUGUAUGCUAUAUUCAAUCAUAGAUUUAGGGACGGUUACAAAGCGCUUCUCUCCGGCAGAAUGUGCCAAGCGUUUGACUAUAGUAAUUCAAUGAAGUACUUCAACAACAAAGCGGGUAUAGUACUGAAACGAAAGAAAAGACUGAAGGCAAAUCGAAAGAAACCAAUUUUGAGACGCACCAUCGGUGCAAUAUAUGUUCAUAGAGACGACGGAGAACUGUCCAGUGUCGUCGACGCCAUUGCUGACAAAGUGUCUGCAGCAAAGCCUAGAUCUCUCUCUAUGAAAGAAUUUCAUAUGAACGAGGAAUUCACAGAAUCCAUGUUACAGUUUUAUUCAAAAAAAUACGCCAAGUCAUUUGUGUGAUAAUUGACUAUGAACAGAUCUAACGCUAUGAAGUUUAUAUUCAACUGAGUUUUGCAAAGUUGUCCGACGACUGCACCAUAAAAAUCAUAAGCAUGUUAUUAGAAAUUAUUAAGAUUUCCAAUGGGAUAUAUUAUAUUAUUUUAUUAACAAAGCGAACUUGAUGAGAUAUUCAUGUUUUUAUAUUGAUAUAAUUUAAACUUAUGUAUAUAAAAACUAGUCCAAUAAAUUUUCAAAUUCAAAAAUAAUUAUCAUAAUGUAUUUUGUAAUGAAUGUAUAUUUAUUGUAUUCGUAAUAAAAUGACGAGUAAAAAAAAUAAAUACGAUCUUACAAAAUAAAACAUCUUUGGUAAUAUGUGCAGUAAAAAUUUGGUUCAUCAAAGAUAUAAAACAAGAUAUCGUCA